AUGCAAGAAAUCAACAACCUGGUGAGUGGUACCCAGCGUCCCGACCCCGCCCAUUCUAACCCCUCUCUACCUAUGAACUUGCAGAAAAGUCUACAACACAUGGAGCCCCAAAUGAAAUAUUCCCGGGACAUAAUUGCGCAGAAAAACAAUGCGGUCCUUGAGACGGUGAAGGAAAUGAUAAGUUUCUCGAAAUUGAUGAGUAGUUAUCAUUCUAGAUAUUCGUUCAAGAAGUGA